GUGCGUGUCCAGCUCUGAAUGUGCGCUUCUGUGCAGUUUGGCUGUGACAAAGUCACAAACCAAGUAACGCUCUGUCCCAGACUCGCCUCAUCCCUGUCCCAGCUCCAGCUGACAACAGGACAUCAAACCCUGGAGUGCGCCCUCCAGCCUCGGAGGUAUGAGUGGAGUAAUACUUCCUGUUGGCGGAGACGAUCUUUGUCCUGACUCAGCCUGACAGUAUAGGAAAGUGAAAGUCAAAUCAAAGUUCGUGGCACUUGGGUUCUUUUGACCGUCACUGAAGGUUGUGAGAGAAGGGAAGCUAAAUAAAGCAUCUGAAGAGGAAACGGACACAGCAGCUCGCGCACAGGGUGAGCUCCAUCGAUGAACGAGUUUCUGUGAGCAGAGCAGAAGAAGAAGCUGAGCUCAGCUGGAAGCUCCACCUCCAAACAUGGACACAAGUCAGAGCAGAGAGCUGCUCCCAGGUGUGGACAGAGAGGAGGAGGAAGCUCCUCCCUCUAAAGCCCCUCUGGGUGAGGACCAUGGCAGCCAGACCAGAGCUCAGAGAUCAAAGCCACUCACAUCAGAAGCUGCUGGACGACAACAUGGACCUGCUCCCAGCUGUGAGUCUCUGAAGAGUGAUGCGUCGAUGGGAAGAUAUAUUGACUUCAGAGGAGGACAGGACCAUCAGAGGAGGAGCAGGUUUAAACAGGAGAAACCAGAAGAGUCUGAACUCAGCUGUGUGUCUCUGAAGAGUGAUGCGUCGAUGGAUCUUCUUAUUGAUUUCAAAGGUGGACAAGAGCCUUCAGGAGAAAGAGAGGAUCGGCAGGUCUCAGAUGUUCUGAGUCUCCAGUGUGUCCAGCAGCAUCAGACAGAUCUGGACUUCACACUUCAGCUGCUUGAGGAGACAGUCAUGGCCCUGGUGAAGAAGGAAGUGAGGAGAGUCCAAAGGUUCCUCAGUCCAGAUGAUCCCAAAUACCAGGAUGAUGAGGAAGAGGUGAAGGUGAAUUGUGAUGAGGAGCAGAUGAGGAGCAGCAGAGAAGCUUUCCUGGACUUCAUCAUGAACCUCCUGAGGAGCAUGGAGGAGGAGGAGCUUGCUGGUCGAGUGUGGAGCAUAAGUCCUGCUGGAGGGUGUGCAGGACGACUGAAGAGGAGCCUGCAGAAGAAGUUCCAUAGUGUGUUUGAGGGGGUGGCUAAAGCAGGAAACUCCGCCCCUCUGAAUCAGAUCUACACAGAGCUCUACAUCACUGAGGGGGGCACAGACCAGGUCAACCAGGAACACGAGGUCCGACAGAUCGAAGCAGCAACCAGGAACCAGACCAGAGCAGAAACUACCAUCAAACAAGAAGACCUCUUUAAAGCCUCACCUGAGAGAGAGGGACCAAUCAGGAGCCUGCUGACGAAGGGCGUGGCUGGCAUUGGGAAGACCCUCCUGACACAGAAGCUGACUCUGGACUGGGCUGAAGACAAAGCCCACCAGAACUUCCAGCUCAUGUUUCCUUUCACCUUCAGAGAGCUGAACCUGCUGAAAGAGAAGAAGUUGAGUUUGGUGGAACUUGUUCAUCGCUUCUUUCCUGAAACCAAAGAAUCAGGACUCAGCAGCUUUGAACGAGUCCAGGUUCUGUUCAUCUUGGACGGUCUGGACGAGUGUUGACUCCCUCUGGACUUCAACAGUCGGGUCCUGACAGAAGCUACAGAGUCCACCUCAGUAGACGUCCUGCUGACCAACCUCAUCAGGGGGAAGCUGCUUCCCUCAGCUCACCUCUGGAUAACCACCCGACCUGCAGCAGCCAAUCAGAUCCCUCCUGAGUGUGUGGACAUGGUGACAGAGGUCAGAGGGUUCACUGACCUCCAGAAGGAGGAGUACUUCAGGAAGAGGUUCAGAGAUGAGGAGCAGACCACCAUCAUCUCUCACAUCAGGAGCUCACGAAGCCUCUACAUCAUGUGUCACAUCCCCAUCUUCUGCUGGAUCACUGCCACAGUUCUGGAGGACAUGUUGAAGAGCAGAGAGACCAGACAGCUGCCCAAGACCCUGACUGAGAUGUACAUCCACUUCCUGGUGGUUCAGGCCAAAGUCAAGAAGAUCAAGUACCAUGGAGGAGCUGGGACAGACACAGUUUGGGAUCCUGAGAGCAGGAAGAUGAUUGAGUCUCUGGGAAAACUGGCUUUUGAGCAGCUGCAGAGAGGAAACUUGAUCUUCUAUGAAUCAGACCUCACAGAGUGUGGCAUCGACAUCACAGCUGCUGCAGUUUACUCUGGAGUCUUCACACAGAUCUUCAGACAGGAGAGAGGACUGUACCAGGACAAGGUCUUCUGCUUCAUCCACCUGAGUCUUCAGGAGUUUCUGGCUGCUCUUCAUGUCCGCCUGAUGUUCUUCAACUCUGGAGUUGUUCUGCUUGAUUCACAACAAACAUCUGUACUGACAAGACUCUUUAGAAACAAAAGUGUUCCAGCACAUUUCUACCAGAGAGCAAUAAAUGAAGCUGUAGAAAGUCCAAAUGGACAUCUGGACUUGUGCCUGCGCUUCCUCCUGGGUCUUUCUCUGCAGAGCAGCCAGAGUCUCCUUCCAGGUUUGUUGACACAGAUAGGAAGUAGCUCCUGGACCCGUCAGGACACAGCAGAGCUCAUCAAGAAGAAGAUCAGUGAGAAAGUGUCUCCAGAAAGAAUCAUCAAUCUGUUCCACUGUCUGAGUGAAGUGAAGGACACUUCUCUAGUGGAGCAGGUCCAACAGCAGCUGAGAUCAGGACGUCUCUCCACAGAUCAACUGUCUCCUGCUCAGUGGUCCACCCUGGCCUUCAUCUUACUGUCCUCAGAGGAAGAUCUGGAGGUGUUUGACCUGAAGAAAUACUCUGCUUCAGAGGAGGUUCUUGAGAGGCUGCUGCCUGUGGUCCAAGCUUCAAAGGAAGUUCUACUUAGAGACUGUCAGCUGUCAGAGAGAAGUGGUUCCCUUCUGUCCUCAGUCCUCAGCUCUCCGUCCUCUCGUCUGACACAACUGGAUCUGAGCUGGAACAGGGACCUGAAGGAUCCAGGAGUGAAGCUGCUGUCUGCUGGACUGAAGAGUCCACACUGUCACCUGGAGACUCUCAGCCUGAGCUGCUGUGAACUGUCAGAGAGAAGUGGUUCCCUUCUGUCCUCAGUCCUCAGCUCCCCGUCCUCUCGUCUGACACAACUGGACCUGAGCUACAACUAUGACCUGAAGGAUCCAGGAGUGGAGCUGCUGUCUGCUGGACUGAAGAGUCCACACUGUCACCUGGAGACUCUCAGCCUGAGCUGGUGUCAGCUGUCAGAGAGAAGUGGUUCCCUUCUGUCCUCAGUCCUCAGCUCUCCGUCCUCUCGUCUGACACAACUGGACCUGAGCUACAACUAUGACCUGAAGGAUCCAGGAGUGGAGCUGCUGUCUGCUGGACUGAAGAGUCCACACUGUCACCUGGAGACUCUCAGCCUGAGCUGGUGUUGGUUGUCAGAGAGAAGUGGUUCCCUUCUGUCCUCAGUCCUCAGCUCUCCGUCCUCUCGUCUGACACAACUGGACCUGAGCUACAACGAGAACCUGGAGGAUCCAGGAGUGGAGCUGCUGUCUGCUGGACUGAAGAGUCCAUACUGUCCCCUGGAGACUCUCAGUCUGUCAGGCUGUGGGAUCUCAGAGAGAGGCUGUGCUUCUCUGGCCUCAGCUCUGACCUCUAACCCCUCCCAUCUGAGAGAGCUGGACCUGAGCUUCAACCAUCCAGGAGGACCAGGACUGGAGCUGCUGUCUGCUGGACUGGAGAGUCCAGACUGGAGGCUGGAGACUCUCAGGCUGGAUCACUGUGGACCACUGAGGUUAACAUCUGGACUGAAGAGAUACUUCCGUCCACUCGCAUUGGACCCAGGCACAGCUCACCGGCGCCUCCUACUGUCCAACAACAACAACAUGGUGGAGCUAGUGAUGGAGGAUCAGGAGUAUCUGGACCAUCCCGACAGGUUUGAGCGGUGUCCUCAGGUGAUGAGCAGAGAUGCUGUGACUGGUGUCUGUUACUGGGAGGUGGAGUGGAGAGGAAGAGUUUCUGUGGCCGUGACUCUCAGCAGAGACGGAGGGAAAGAAGACGAGUCUGAGUUUGGACAGAACCGUUAUUCCUGGAGUCUGAGCUGCUCUGAUGAUGCUGGAUAUAAAGUCUGUCACAAUAAGAGAGAAACUGUCAUCAAGAGCUCAGAAGUCUCUCACAGAGUUGGAGUGUUGCUGAACGCACCUGCUGGAUUUUUGGACUUCUACAGAGUCUCCUCUGGAGUCUGGACCCCCCUCUGCUCCUUCUUCACCCCCACUGAACCUCUGUACCCGGGAUUUGGACUCAGAGAGGCUCCUGGUUCUGGUUCCUCAGUGUGUGUGUGGGACCUGACUGUGUGAGUGUGUUCCUCCAACAAACUGGUGUUGCUGCUUCAAAUCCCCAUCCAAACUGCUGACAUUGAUGAAUAAAGAAUCUUCCUCUGAAACUAUUGUGAAACUGAUAAAAAGAUAAUAUUUGAGAUUGGGUCAAAUAUUAAAAGAGUCUGAAAACAUUUUCCUCCACUGUAAAUGAACAGAAAAUCUAGAUUCCCCUCUGGAUCUUUGUCUUUUCCCACCAAGAUUCCCCACUAAAGUGAUGAGAAUGGUAGCAGUGAGGAAGCGUGCAGCUGAGCUCCUCUCAGGAGGUCAGCAACUGUAACUAGAGGAAUCAUGAAAAAUGACUCGCACUGUGCAGCAGAGGAGUCUCCACAGGUGAUUUGAAUUCCUCCCAUUAGGUCACUGUUUCGGGUUGGAAAGGUUAUGGCUGAAAAUAGGUAAAUAAAAAAAAUAUGUUGCAUCAAAGAAGAAGUUGUUGAUGAAGACAGAUUAAAGCAUUUAAGUUAUGUAUUAUAUAUUAUUUGUAAAUACAUUGCAGUCAUUUAAAAAGCCUAUAAUAACUGCCGACUGUGAAGAUAAAAACUGAAAAUACACCGCAGUCACCUGGCAGAGGGUGAAUCGAAAACAUCAUUUAUUGUACCUUUCUAAAUUUGCUUUUAGUCUGUGCGAGUUUUGCUUUUCUCCCAUCUCAACAUUUCCCAUUGCCUCUUUUAUAAAGCGCUUUCUUUCUCGCCAUUCAACCGACUCUUCAGAAACACUAUGGCGCCCUCUUGCGGCAGAUCUCCUGAACUUUACGUGUCUGUGGUAGAGAAUCAUCAUGAAUUAUUAUUUAAUUUACUUGUUAAAUCUGACAUCUGUGCUGUCACUUGCUCAUUUUAGCUCGAUUUCAAUGUAGAAAUCGAUGUAUUCAUCGACAAUACAUUGUACACUGUUUAACACCAAAAAUAAAUCAAAAUGAAAGAUAAUUGCGAAUACAGAACCUCAUUUCUUCACCUUGACCGAGGGUGGACGGGAGCCCGAGUGUGACAUUUAAAGUGAUCGUUCGUGACCACUAGGCGUCAGUGUUUGUUUUGGUAUUCGGAUGUAGGUCUGCUAACAACAGCAGGUCCACAGGCCCUGGAC